GAGUAAAAAUGUUAACAUAAGAUUAAACAAACAUACCCGAAAAUAGCAGGUAAAUUUAACAGUAGUAAUGUAAAAUUAUUGUACAGUAUCUAUAAAAUUUUUAAUUAUUCACACAAAUAAAAAAUUAACAAAUACUGCAAACUAUUUGUAAAAAAAGAAAAAGGUUAACAAAAAACAACAAAAAAAUGAGGCUCUCCUUCUCAUAAAUUCCAUAUUCCUCUGUUUUUCUUCUUUUAUUUUUUUCAUAAAAGAAUAGAAAGAAAGAAAACAAAUGAGUUGACGACAAAAACUACUACCACGCAUUGUCUACUAACGUUACCCCCCAUUUGUUGUGGAGUUCUUCAAAGCUUCAUUUCCUUCUUCAUUUCUCUCUCUUCCUCCUCCUUUUCUAACUUAUUACAAUCAAAAACCCAAUUUUUAGAAAGAAAACAGAGGCUUAGAUUGAGAAAUUCGAGCUAUUUGAUCAAAAAGUUCUCAACUUUUUAGGGGGCUUUUUAUGGGUUUUGAUUGAAUUGCAAAACCCAGAAAUAGUUUGGUGUUAUUCAAUCAAAUUUCACAUCUUUCAAGCUUUUCAUGGUAGUUUCCUCUGUUUUUUCCCUUUUCAUGGUAAUAUCUGAUCUAUCUUGUUUCAGAAGUUUCUGUUUUUUCUUGCUUUAGUUCAUGCUCUUUAUUCUAUCAAAAACCCUUGUUCAAUUUUACCUGUUAAAUCCCAUUUUAUAUAGUUACUUAUUUGUUUGAUUGUUUUGGGUUAUUCUGAUUUUGAUAGUUUAAAAUUCCCUUUUUUUUGGGAUUGUUUGAUUGAAUAAGGAUAAAAAUUUUGUGGGGUUUGGGGUGUAAUUGUUAAUGGGACCAAUGCUUCAAGAUGAUGGAUCAUCAGUAACUUCAUCUUCACCCCUUCAAUUUUUCUCUAGAAUGUCACCAAAUAUAGGUUCAUCACAUCCUUGGCUUAGAGAAUUGAAACCUGAAGAAAGGGGUCUUUAUUUGAUACAUUUGUUAUUAGCUUGUGCAAACCAUGUCUCUAAUGGUAGCCUAGAUAAUGCAAACUUAGCCCUAGAGCAAAUCUCGCACCUCGCCGCGCCUGAUGGCGAUACAAUGCAGCGAAUUGCUGCUUAUUUUGCUGAAUCCCUUUCUGAAAGGGUGCUUAAAUCAUGGCCAGGCAUAUAUAGAGCCCUUCAGUUUACUAGAAUGCCUGUUGUUUCAGAGGAAAUUCUUGCUAGGAAGCUGUAUUUUGAGCUGUUUCCCUUCUUAAAGCUUGCUUUCGUGGUAACGAAUCAAUCGAUUCUUGAAGCAAUGGAUGGUGAAAAGAUGGUUCAUAUUAUUGAUCUUAAUGCAUCAGAACCUGCACAAUGGAUUGCACUUAUUCAGGCCUUGAGUGCGAGGCCUGAAGGUCCGCCUCAUUUGAGAAUAACCGGUGUUCAUCAACAGAAAGAGGUGUUAGAACAAGUAGCUCAUAGGUUAAUUGAUGAAGCUGAGAAGUUGGAUUUGCCAUUUCAGUUUAAUCCUGUAGUGUGCAAAUUGGAGAAUCUUGAUGUCGAAAAGCUUCGUGUUAAGACCGGUGAGGCUUUAGCUAUAAGCUCGGUCCUGCAGCUUCAUACCCUUUUGGUCACUGAUGAUGAAACACUAAGGAAAAGUUCAUCUUUAGGAUUGUUUAAUCAUGUAAAUGGGGCUAACGGAGGAAAUGCAAAUAGGCGUAGUAGCCCGAGUAAUGAUUCUGCUUCAUCAUCACCUACCUCGGUUAAUGCUUCUGCAAAGAUGGAUGGUUUUCUUGCUGCUUUGUGGGGGUUAUCACCGAAGAUUAUGGUGAUAACUGAGCAAGAUUCAAAUCAUAAUGGGUCUGGACUAAUGGAAAGAUUGUCCGAGGCAUUGUACUUUUAUGCUGCAUUGUUCGACUGCUUAGAGAGUACCUUACCAAGAGCAUCGCUUGAGCGAAGGAAAGUAGAGAAGAUGCUUCUAGGGGAAGAGAUCAAGAAUAUUAUCGCGUGUGAAGGAGGGGAAAGAAGAGAAAGGCAUGAGAAGCUCGAUAGGUGGAUGCAAAGGCUCGAUAUGGCUGGAUUUAGAAGUGUUCCAUUGAGCUAUAUGGGCAUGUUGCAAGCACGGCGAUUGCUGCAAGGGUGUAGUUGUGAUGGUUAUAGAAUUAAGGAAGAGAAUGGAUGUGUUAUUAUCUGCUGGCAAGAUCGCCCCCUUUUUUCGGUAUCAGCAUGGAGAUGUAAGAGGUGAAAUCGAUACGAUUUGAUAGUGUGUUGUUGGUUUAGCUUCUUUUCAAUCUUUGUAUGAAUAGUUUUGUUAGCUAGCAGAUGUAUACCAGUAAAUCAUAUGAGGAAGCAACCUCUUUAUGAUCUUUUAUUUAGCAUUGGGUUUGCCUUCUUUAUUUCUUUUUAUCUUUUUUUUUUUUUUUUUUUUUUUUUUUUUUUUUUUUUUUGGUUUCUUGUGUUUUUUGGUGUGUAUAUUGUAUCAAUUUGAGCAAGUUACUCCUAUUAACAUUU